AUGACUCUCGAAAUCUCCCAUCGGGUGUCACAGAACUCCAAGGGUCGUUCUCGCGGCACAAACAUGCGCACGUGCGCUCGCGCGAACGCCGUCGUCGAUCGUGCGCUCGCUCGUCGAUCGCGAAAGCACUGUCGAGUCGUAAAAUCGCGAUCGAGCGCCGUGGCGAUGAGUGCGGCACCGAGCAACUCGUAUUGGUUGUUAACCUUGAACUAUGUCGAAAACAUGGCUGAGCGACGCGGUCCGUAUCGCGAGGAGCACCUCGCGGGCGCGUCGGCGUCGCACGCGAAAGGAGAGUGCGUCAUGGCAGGUGCGCUGACGGAUCCGGUGGACACCGGGGUGUUCGUGUUCAAGAAUUGCGACGAGAGCGUCGUCAGGGCGUUCGCGGAGAACGAUGCGUACGUGAAGAACGGAUUGGUCACGUCGUGGAACGUUCGUCCGUGGACCGUGGUCGUCGGGAACUGA